AUGGCUAAAAAGAGAAGAGUAAAGCAGUAUUCAGACGAUGAUUCAGAGAAUGAUGACUCUUCAUCGCCUACCAAUAACAAAUACAAGAUUCCUAAAAUUAGACAUGACAUAAAGGAAACUUUAGAAAGCCAUACUGCUUCUAUUGAAGAUGAGCAAGUUAAUCCUAUUGUUAUACCACCUCCUGUUGAAAAGCCAAUUGUUUCAUUAAAAGACGAGAAAGUGAAGUUUUGGACGGAAAGGACUGGUGCUAGAGUCCAGGGAUUAGUUCAUAAGAACCCAGUGUCAAUUGUAAAUGAAAAAUACCCCUGUGCAGAAUGGAAUGAAGGCAAGGUAGCUGAAAAGGGGGCUAACCUAAAAUUCGCCGUAUCACUUCGAGUGAAUGAUGAGUAUUUUUAUGGAACCGCUACCAACAAGAAGGAAGCCAAGAGACUGGCUGCAGCUUCUUGCAUAUCUAAACGAUUAGGUCUAACAUCCGACUUCGGCAAGGCUUCACAAGAUCAAAAUGAAGCUCCUGCUGAUAAAAUUAGUGCUCCUCCUGAGGCAAGUCAGCCUCCGCCUGAAAAACAAGCCACUCCCAAGAAGGCGAUGCCAAAGAAAAAGGCUCAUACUCCACAAAGCCCUAUCUCUCUUGGUGACGGACAGAGUGCUGUUAUGCUUUUAAAUGAAAUCUAUGGGCCAACAAAUUGUCACUUUGAGUUUGUUGAAUGUCCUCAUCCUGGAAAAGGACAGCACACAUUUAGUGCAAAACUUACAUUCUUUGGAAAUGUUAUCGAAGGAGUCAGUACAAACAAGAAGAAAGCAAAACAAGUGUGUGCUAUGAAAGCUCUUGCUACGAUGGGGUACGAUGUAGCUAUGGAUGAAACGGUUGAGCAUAUCACACCCCAAACACCAGCAAAUGAUGCUCCUGCUAUUGAGUCUCAUCUUCAACAGUUCGCAGACAAAGUGGCAUCUCAAGCUCAAGCUAAGUUUACAGAGUUGAGUGAGCAUGUAGAGGAACACCAAAAAAAGAAGAAAGUUCUUGCUGCAGCAAUUUUGUACAAUAACGUCAAUGAGAACUCAUUCAGAGCUGAUGGAGAUAUGGAAGUGAUUGCUCUGACCACUGGUACGAAAGUAUUAGGAGGAGAGUAUCUCAGUGCAGAUGGAAAAGCAGUUAACGACAGUCAUGCAGAAAUACAGAUAAGAAGGUGUGUCAUUCGGUUCCUUUACGGUCAGCUCAAAGCCUUCCGUGACAAGAGGUGCUCUGUUCUGGAGUUAAAAGAUGGAAAAUACAAACUGAAAAACGAGUUUACCCUCCAUCUUUACAUCAACACAGCACCAUGUGGUGAUGCCAGGAUCUUCAGCCCUAAACAAGAAGGGGACCAGGCUCAGGUCAUUGACGGUGAUAACCACCCCAACAGAAUAAACAGAGGUCAGCUGAGGACUAAAAUAGAGAGUGGUGAAGGGACAAUCCCGAUACUUAGUCCAAAUGAGGCUCUGUUGACAUGGGACGGGAUACUAGCAGGUCAGAGACUGAGGACGAUGUCGUGUAGUGAUAAGUUGUGCAGGAGCAAUGUGCUGGGAGUACAAGGCACACUCCUUUCACACUUCAUGACUCCAGUGUACUACUCCUCUAUUAUUGUAGGACGUCUUUUCAGUCACUCUCACUUAUCCAGGGCCAUUUACAGAAGACUACAAGUUGAGGGAGUGGAAUCUCAACUGCCACAUGGCUAUAAAGUUAAUGUUCCUCUCUUGUUGCCUGUUUCGGUGGCUGAACCAAGAUCUGUAAGCAAAGCGUCUGGAUUUUGCUUCAAUUGGACCUACGGAGAUACUGCACCUGAAGCGACUCGUACUGUCGAUGGAAAGAUCAACGAUAAUCAUGCGACACAAUCAAGAAUAUGCAAAAAUUCGCUUUAUAAACUGUUUCUAGCAGAGUAUAAGAAAGUGAAGGGAUCAGACGAGUUCGAUGGAAAGCUGUACAGUGAAGCAAAGAAUGCAGCAAAAGAGUACACCGCUGCUAAGAUGCUUGUCAUGGAUCAGUUUAAAAAACUGGGUUACGGAUGUUGGGUCAAGAAACCUAUUGAACAAAACAUGUUCACUGUUAAAUUAUAAUCACAGCAACAAGGUUAUCUGCUCAGUUUGAGCUAUUUCACGUUAUACGUGAUCGAGUUGAUUGCUUCCAUGAUCUAGCAGAUUCGACAGUCUUUUUUUAAAUCUUUCAUUUAAUGCGGUAUUUUCUACUGACACCGUUACAUCUUUUUAACGUUUUUUCUUUGAAAAACAACUCCGCACCGAGGAAUUUGAGGAAUUUGAUGUGUCCGGUAUGUGACAUAGUCUAGCUUGACAAUCUUCGUCUUUUUCUUCACCUUUGCUUUAAUUGCAUGAGAUGAUAUACUGUAUAUAUUUUGUUGAAGAAAAUAACAUUUUUAUGGCCAGAGUUAUCGGCCAGUUAAAAAACUCCGCCCAUCACUGGGCUUAUGUAAUCAUUCGUAUUUUAUGUUUUGCUGUUUAUGUAACUGAGUUACAAUUUUCUUACAGAAUAUUUUGUUUUUAACAUUGAAUAUAUAAGUUUUUCUGCA